AUGGAUGCAGCGAAGUCGACAACAACAACAUCGGGAUUUCAAAUUCCUCUUUACGUUCUAGAUGAUUUAUGCAGUCGAUUCAUUAUCAACAUCCCUGAUGAAGAAAGACAGGACCUCAUCAGAAUAUUUUUCCAGAUAGAGCUGGCACAUUGGUUUUACCUGGAUUUCUAUUGUGCUGAGAAUCCAGAACUCCGAUCAUGUGGAAUAAAAGACUUCUCUGCACAAGUGUUCAAACAUUGCCCAUUUUUGAGUGGUCAUGCAGGUGAAGUGGACAAGAUUCUGGAGAAUUGGCGUACCUAUAAGAUGAGUGUUCCAACAUAUGGUGCCAUCAUGUUGGACCCUGAAUUGAAAUAUGUUCUUUUAGUACAAGGGUUUUGGACCAAGAGUAGCUGGGGCUUCCCUAAAGGCAAAGUGAAUGAAGAGGAGGCCCCUCAUGAUUGUGCUGUGAGAGAGGUUGAGGAGGAAACUGGAUUUGAUAUAGUAAAACUUAUCGACAAGAAUGCCUUCUUAGAGAACCAUUUCAAUGACCAACUGACACGUUAUAUAUAUAUCAACACGUCCCGAAAAGAAAUCAAGCCAAAGACACGAAAAGAAAUCAAGAGUUUGCAGUGGUUUCCAAUUGAAGCUCUUCCAGCACACAAACAUGACCAAACCCCAAAGCAGCUAGGCUAUAACCCAAACAACUUCUUCAUGGUCAUUCCAUUUAUCAAACCAUUGAGAAAGUGGCUUGCAGGGAGACAGAACCUGUUAGAUACUGAACUUAACGAGUACAAUAAUGCCUCCCAACACAAGCAACAAAAGGGAGGUAGUGGAGGUGGUGAUGUACGACACCACCGUGAAAAACAGAAACAAAAACUACAACAGUUCUUUGCACAGCAAAAUCAGCAGGAGUAUCAGGAUUACUUACAGCUGAAGGAAAAUGAUCCUCAAUCCAGAGCAGAUUCGGCUAAUAAAGAUCUAAGGUCACGAUCAGAAUCUCCACGCAAAGAGCCGUACCAUAAGGGAAGACACCAGGAGAACAGUGAACCAUCACAAGGAAAAAAGGGAUAUCAUAUUAUGAAUCGUGACGGUACUAUUAGCGGAUCUUCCAGAAGAAGUUUAAAUCCACAAUUUGAAAACAGUCCAGGUCAAAAACAAGGACAGUCAUAUGAUAGCAGAAACAGGCUUCCCACUGUGGUAUUUGACAGAACACAACCUCCACCUAGUCUCCCCGUGAAAUCCCAGCAUGACAGGAAUAACUCCAAUAACACACAUCACAUAAACUCUCCACAUAGCAAAGGACAGUUUGUCCAAAAAAAGCAUAAAUAUGUUAAAAUCACAGACCCUGACGGCCUUGGGUCAGAGACAUGGCUCAACUUCAGUUUUGACGUGUCAGCCAUCAUGGCCUGUGUUCAGUGAAGUUUUUGUGAUAUGUAAAGCUUAACAGGGUGUUAAGGCAUGCUUUAAAAGGACAUGGAAUGUGAGAUUGUGAGCUAGUUAGUCUUGAAUACAUGAAAUCACAGGUGCUUGUCUGUGUUUACAGUGGUUAGAUGGAUGUUUAAAGGUGGUUUUCUGGUAACCUGUGAUUUACUAAUAAGGAAGUGAUAUUUUGAUAGUAAGUAAAGAAAGUAUCAAGGACAUAUACUUAGUUUAAAUGUAAGGAAAUGUAGUGGGCGUGAUAUUCUUAGUCAUUUGUAAAGGUGCUUAGUAUGUAUGAUAUUUUAUACAUAAAGUGUCAAAAAUGUUUCUAAGCAACUUGUUGAUUUAUAAAAAGAAUUAUAUAAAAUUGA